GCACUGUUCCAGCAGUUGUGUUGCUCAGACGAAGUUAGGUCACGGAAGGCGCGCGCACCCGCGCAGUCCUCGCCGAGUCUCGAGUGCGUCCUUGAGUGGAUUGAUAAAUCCCCUUUCGUGAUAAGCCGAUAUUCACCUGUGCACCGAAAAGUCGCUACACACGCUUGUGCAGUGCGCGCCGCACCAUUAGUAGGCCAUCUUGUCUCGAUUAGCUCAACUGGAAGAUUGGUUUGUGGUCCUUGUCCCUCUGGUGUCAAUUGGCUGAGACUGGAUCCUCAAUUAAACUGGCAUUCAACUUUUGUCUUGUGCUACUAAAUUAAUGUGGGGCGACUUUCCUCUGUGUUGUAGUGCGUUCUGUUUGGACUCCGCUUCUUGCCUGAUUAUAACAUUAUUUUUUAAACGUAGUUCCUUUUAAUACUUUUCAGAUUGAUCGACAAUCUAUAGUUUGAUUUUGACUUCUAUGUGGUACUUUAAUUUGUGUGUUAUUACUUUUAUUUCGCUUUAACUGUAGGUUUACUAUAAAAAAAGUAUUGGAACUUGGGGAUUUAAAGACGCACAUUGUGACCAGCCUAUUCGUGAAUUUGCACAGCCGUAGGUCAAAACCGGACGUGUCAAUUUGCGAGUUGCAGUAGGAGGCGGAAAAUUACAGAAUCGUGACAGCUUUAACUAAGAACGUGAGGGAAUGGUGUGAGUGUCUGUAAGGUUAGAUAUUGCUUAUCCGGAGAUGAGCAGAAAGAUCAGCGCCCAAGACUACCCGGACCAUCUGAACCCCUUCGAUGAGAACUACAACGGACUGGAGGUACCCGGGGCCAGCGCAGGAACCGGAAGGGAGAAGUACAACACUUGGUCGUCUAGCCGCCCCAACCAGGUGUCCACCCUGGCCAGACAGAAGCAGAAACCGACCUUCCUGGAGAAGCCAUGGGCAGCUUUGAAUAUCUCACCCAAGGGCAAGAUCGUAAGAAGGUUGUCCAUACUGAAAACCGCGGUGGAGAAGUUCGCCUCCAAGAAAAAGCGGUUAAGCCAAUCGUCUUCAGAGAGCGUUCUGCCUCCUAGGAGUCACAGCUUCCAUGAUGAGUUUAACUUCAAGAUCAUCUCUCCAAAGCUGAAGGAGAAGAUAAGGCAACAGGCCUUCAACACUCCGAUCACCAGGGUGGAUUCUAAUGCAGAAGAGCCGAGAUCCCCGGAGACCAACGGCCGACUCACUCUACCUCUUAGGACUGAUGCUGUUGUCUCUCCUCCAGCGCAGGAUUUAUCCCCUACCAGCCCCGACCAUAGUUUUCCCGGACCUCGCCCCAAAACCCGCAAAAAGCGACCGCCACCCCCUCCCCCGGCUGAGUCUACAAAAUCACCUAGUCUCGAAUUACCCAAUGGCCAAGAAGUGGUUGAAGAUAACCAUUCCAUCAAUAGCAGUAUAACCCAAGAUUUAGAGAAAGAUGCUUCCAGUGAAGAAGAAACAUCUCUGAGUGUAGAUAGCCAUAGAGUGCAAGCUUAGUUAAGACCUUGACUGAAACCUUUAGAAUUUAAAGUGUGUGCUUAAUGCUUCCUAAUGUUCACUGUAUGUGCAUUUAAUAUAUUAAUUUAUAAGUAUCAUGAGUUAUAAAUAUUUUAUAUUGUAUAUUAUUAGUUGUUCUAACGUAGUAGAAGUAUUAUUUCUUUGUAAUACUGUGAUCAAUUGAGAAUUCUUUUUAAAUUGCCAACGAGAACCGAUGGAAAUAUUACAACAAAAUUAAUGCGCGAAUUAUUGUAGAAACUUACAAAGAUUAACAUGUAAUACCAACUAUAUUUUACAAUCUAGUGAUUAUUAUUCCUUCCUCAAAUUGCUAGUGGACUACUAUGUUUCUUGCCUGGUAUCAAGAGAUCGGAGAGGCCCUUAUAAAAUGUAAGUAACCCUUGAAUGUCAUAACAAUGUAGGCGACUCUAGUCUCAGAGUAUUAAUAUAGAAAAAAUGUAUAAUACGUCGCACUUCUUACGAAGUAAAAAUAGAAAACAAUGCUAGAAAAUAAUACAUUUAUUACAGGCCUAAAAGUAGCUACAAACUGUAUGUACAGAACAAAGUUUACUAAAUGAUUUCAGCCCAAUUUUUCAAUUACAUUUUCACAACUUGGUUCUCAGGAAUAUUCCAAAUUC